GAAGACAAGCAAGAACCGGAAGACAAGCAAGAACCGGAAGACAAGCAAGAACCGGAAGACAAGCAAGAACCGGAAGACAAUCAAGAACCGGAAGACAAGCAAGAACCGGAAGACAAGCAAGAACCAGAAGACAAGCAAGAAGCAACGGAAGUCGACGAGAAGGACGAAGAAGCAGUCGAGAAGAAGCCCGAGGAAGUGAAGCAAGAGGAGGACGAAGACAAGGCAGACGAACGCGAAUCCGAAGCGAAGGAAAGCAGCGAAAAGGAACAAUUGGAGUCGGAGGAGCCCGCCGGAAAAAUCGAAGACCCCGACGACGAAGAGGAGAAGCAGAAGAAGGAGCAGUCCAAGGAAGAAGUGGAUGAAGAACAGUUCCCCAAGAAAGAAGGAGAAGAUGAAGAGGGAAAGGAUGGCGAAAUCGAGGAAGAGGAUAAGAAGAGCAAGGAAGAGGAAGACGAAAAAGAGGACAACGAGAAGAAUAAGAAGGACAAGGAAGAGGACGAUACGAGUAAGGAGGAAAAAGACAAGGAAGAAGAGGAGAAGAAAAAGAAUAAGGAGAAAGAGGAAGAGGAGAAGAAAAAGAAGGAAAAGGUCGACGAGGACGACAAGAAGAGGAAGGAAGAGGACGAUGACGAAAAGGACAAGAGCAAAGAGGAGGACAACGACGAUGACAAGAAGAAGCGAUUGAACGAAGACGUUUCCCCUCUCGAACAUCGAGGUGGACUCAUCGCGGAAGAAACCAUCGAAGAGGACGAACCCGCACCCGUCAACGAAAAUUCAGGUGUGUCGGUGAACGAACAGAUGGAGUUUUUCAACCACCUCCACGUGCACAACCUGUUCUUCGACGACUUUCUCCGCGACGUCCGCAACAGCCUCCAGGACAAGAAGAAGAUGCCUUUCGGCCUCAGACAUCGGUUCUCGGAGAUGGCGCUGGAGGAUGCCCUGAAGAGCGGCGUCGAGGAGGUCGAAAAGGACGGCGAGGAAGUGACCGACUUGGGCGAGAACGAGGCUCUCCUUCAAACCCUGGACGAUGUCGAGAAUCUUUUCUUCAGCAACGCAGCGAAAAAGGAGGAAAGUCCUUCUGAAGCGGAGGAUGACGAAGUGCAGAGUGGGGAAGAAGGACAGGAGGAGGCAGUAAAGGUAGAGGAGAAGGAAUCGCAAGAGGAGCCACAAGAGAAGAAGGAAUCGCAAGAAGAGAAGAAGGAAUCGCAAGACGAGAAGGACUCCCAAGUAGAGAAGGAAUCAUCGCAA